AUGGUGCUAAGAAAUAUUGCAGAUAUCAUUGGAUCGAUGGGAAAAGAUAUAAGAGCUUAUGGCCUACCUGAUCUGGAUGAGUCAGAUUUUGCAUCAAGAGAUUACUUUAGGGAGCUAACUGAGGAGCAGAAAAUUGGUUUUGAUGAGGUAGAUUUGGCACUUGUAGACAGUUUAAAUGCAGAACAAAAGGCAGGUUUCGAUCAAAUUAUGGCUCAUGUUAAUAGUGGUAAAGGUCAGGUCUUCUUUGUUGAUCGUCCUAGUGGAACCGGCAAGACAUAUCUCUAUAGAGCAUUGCUGGCUAAAGUGCGGUCAAUGAAUCUCAUUGCAGUUGCAACUGCAACAUCUGGCAUUGCAGCUUCUAUCAUGCCCGGUGGUCGUACAGCACAUUCAAGGUUCAAGAUUCCAAUUAAACUUGUUGCUAUGACACGAAGGGAAGCAGUUGAAACUCUUGAUAGGUCAUUGCAAGAUAUAAUGGAAUCAUCAGAACCUUUUGGUGGUAAAGUGAUGGUGUUCGGAGGUGACUUUCAGCAGGUCCUUCCUGUUGUUCCGCAUGGAACAAGGGCUCAGAUAACUGAUGCAACCCUUCUGUGUUCGUACAUAUGGGAAAAGGUUAUCAAGAUCCGUCUUAAGCAAAACAUGAGAGCACAAAAUGACAAGUGGUACGCGGAGUUCUUAUUAAGGAUCGGUAAUGGGACUGAGGAAACGUACAGAAAUGACUAUGUUCAACUUCCUAAUGACAUAGUGAUCGAAUAUGAAUCUGAGCAGUCAAUUGACAUCCUCAUUGAACACGUGUUUCUAGAUCUUAAGGUUAACUAUAACAAUGCUGGGUACAUGCGUGAGCGUGCUAUCCUCUCAACUAGGAAUGACUAUGUAGACCGGCUUAAUGCAAGGAUGAUUGAUAUGUUCCCAGGUGAAGAAAAGGUGUACUACAGGUUUGACUGUGUUGAUGACGAUUUGCAGAAUAUUUACCCGGUUGAUUUUCUUAACUCAAUUACACCAAAUGGAUUGCCUCCUCAUGAACUCAGGGUCAAGAAGAAUUGUCCUAUAAUUUUGCUUCGUAAUCUAGAUCCUCACAGCGGCCUUUGCAAUGGAACUCGUCUGGUGGUGAGGGGUUUUGAGGAUAAUGCAAUUGAUGCUGAAUUUGUCAAUGGCCAACAUUCUGGGGAAAGGGUUUUUAUACCAAGGAUCCCGCUAUCUCCGUCAGAGGAUAUUACACUUCCAUUCAGAUUUAAGAGGAAAUAA